AUGACUGACGCCGAGUCCUCCACACUCAAGGACUGGCUCAGGGAUGAAUUAAAAGCUGGAAAGAUCCAACCCAGCAAAUCCUUGAUCAGUUCCCCCAUUAUGUUUGUCCCUAAGAAGGAUGGUUCCCGCCGCUUGGUUGUUGACUACCGCCGCCUCAACAACCAGACCAAAAAGAACAUCUACCCACUUCCCUGUCCUGAUGACCUAAUGGCCCAGCUCCGUGGCGCCAAGGUCUUCACUAAACUGGACUUGCAAUGGGGUUACAACAAUGUCCGUGUUAAGGAAGGGGACAAAUGGAAGACCGCCUUCUGCACCAAGUACGGUCUAUGCAAGUCUCUGGUCAUGACCUUUGGCCUGACAAACGCCCCUGCUGCCUUCCAGCACUUCAUGAAUGAACUGUUCAAGGACUUGUUGGACAUAUGCGUCAUUAUUUACCUUGAUGACAUUCUAAUUUACUCUAAAGAUGACGCAUCCCACACACAACACGUUCACAAGGUCCUGAAACGGUUAUUGGAUAACCAGUUGUUCUGCAAGGCGUCAAAAUGUACCUUCCACGUUACCUUGGUAGAGUACCUAGGAAUCAUUGUCUUGGAUAAGGGUUUUAGUCUGGAUAAGCUCAAAAUCCAGGCAGUACAAGAAUGGCUGGUACCCACCAAAGUAAAAGAAGUUCAAUUGUUCCUGGGAUUUGCCAACUUCCUUUGUUGUUUUGUUGCCAACUUUAGCCACAUGGCUAGGCCAUUACAUUACCCAGUCAAGAAGGACACACCUUGGAAAUGGGACAUCAAGGAACAAGAAGCCUUCCAGGGACUAAAAGACGCCAUCACCAACGCCCUGGUCCUUUGCCACGCUGACCCGUCCAAACCGUAUUUUCUGGAAACAGAUGCCUCCGGCGCAGCUCUAGGCUCCAUACUUAGUCAACAACAGGAAGACGGAUGCUUACACCCAUUAGGGUUCCUAUCAGAGUCUUUCAAAUGUGCCAAACAGAACUACAACACUCAUGAUAAGGAACUUCUUGCAAUCAUCUGUUCCUUUGAGUACUGGCGCAUUUUCCUGGAAGGGACUUGGCAUCCAAUCACCGUAUUUACCAACCACUGCAACUUGGAAUACUGGAAAGAGUCCUGCACAUUCAACCAAUGCCAUGCACGAUGGCACUUACUCCUUGCCGGUUAUAACUUCCAAAUUAACAAGUCCAAAGCACCCCCCUCCAUCAAACGCGCGUUCAAGGAUUAUGAAAUGGAGGCUGGUCUACUCUUCUACCAAGGACGGAUUGUAGUUCCUGACAUUGGAACACUAAGGACGGACCUACUCUGCAUCUUCCACAACAGCCCCUUGGCAGGACAUCCAGGAAGACAGCGCACCCUAGAGCUAGUAUCAAGGAACUACUACUGGCCUGGCAUCCGUGCUGAAACAUAUUGGCAUGUGGAUUCCUGUGAGAUAUGCCAACGGAUCAGGAAGCCCAAAUACACGUCUAUUCCCCCUCAGCCCCUUGAACUCCCUGCUAGACCCUGGCAGCACGUGUCUUACAACAUGAUAGUAGACCUCCCUAAGGACGGAAACAGCAACUCAAUCCUGGUAAUUAUUGACAGUUUCACAAAGUACGGAAUAUUUGUAAAAUGCUCCAAGAAACUCAAGGCACCCAAGUUAGCAGAACUAUUCCUGGAAAACGUAUGGAAGCGCCAUGGCAUGCCAGAGAAGACCAUAUCCAACAGAGGAAGGGUUUUUAACAACAAGUUCUUACAAGCCCUAUACAAGCGCCUUGGCAUUGACCCUCACUUCUCCUCCGCCUAUCAUCCCCAGAGCAACGGACAAAAGGAACACGUCAAUCCCUCUAUUGAACACUUCCUCAGGGCUUACUCAGGGGUUAACCAAAGGGACUGGACCAGAUGGCUUCCAAUGGCAGAAUUUGCAUACAACAAUGCUGUACAUAGCAGCACGGGCAAGACCCCUUUCAAGGCCUUGUAUGGAUGGGAACCCACCUUAACCCCAUCAAAUGUACCAAUGGACGUUCCAGAAGCAGAUGAUCUUGCCCAGACAAUGGAGGCCCAGUGGAAGGAAGUAGAAGUGGCACUCCGGCAAUCUAAACAACAAAUGAUGGCCAGGGAAAGUGGAAGUCCAACGGAAUUUGAGAUUGGGGAAGAGGUUUGGCUAGACGCCAAGAACGUCAACCUCAAAACCCUGAGCCCCAAGCUAACGGAACAACGCCUAGGGCCAUUCAAGGUUAUUGAGAAAAUCUCCAACCAGGCUUACCGCCUAGAACUUCCCCCAACAAUGCGGAUCCACAACGUCUUCUACGUAGGGCUCCUGUCUAAAGUCAAAAGGGACAAGAAGCGCACCUUCAAGAAUUGCCCUCCACCAGCCACCGUGGACAGAGAAGAAGAGUACAAGGUGGAAGGGAUUACCAAUGCCAAAGAAAGGGAUGGGAAAUGGUUUUUCCGAGUCAAAUGGAAGGGGUACGGAUCCAAAGAAAACACGUGGGAACCCCAAGAAAACUUAAAAAAUGCCAAAAAAUUUUUGGAAAAAUACAAAAAAGACAUGAAAAAGAAGGCCCUUGGCACUGCCAAGGCCCUUAGAGGGGGGGCAGUGUUGUAG